GCCACAAGUUCAAGUUCAUCUUUGGUCACGGUUGAUCAACUUGAACUGUUCUUUCACGACUUAUCCACUCACAAAGUUCAAUGUCAUUCUCAGUCAUAUAUUAGCGCCUUCCGAUUGCCCUCGCAAAGCGAAACUAUCCUUUCAGCGAGCCUAUACAACUUGAGCAACUCGGCAGACAACGAGCGCCUUCCUGCCUGCUCCGGACCUAGGCCACGAUGACGGCGGGACUGAAAACAAUCAUCGCUCUCUCCUUUGUUCUUGCCAUCGGAUUCCUGCUCGUUAUCCUCUCCGCUGCUUUGUUCCAUAACUUCCUUACCCUCCUCGUCGUUGCGACCUAUGUACUUGCGCCAGUACCGAAUUGGAUAGCCGGGAGAUGUGCCAAUCCAGACGACUUUAUUGAAAGCAAUUCGAGUGCAUGGAUUGACCUGGGACGGUUUGCUACAGGGUUUCUGGUUGUUAUGGGCAUUGCCUUGCCCGUCCUCCUGGCACAUUGCGCUCUUAUCAAGAUCCCUGCCAUGGUUAUGUCAAUCGUUGGGGGCCUGCUGAUAUACGGCACGAUCAUCAGUUUUACACAAUUCUUCAAGGAGGAGCAAGACUUUUGAAAUGGCAGCUGAGGCCAUGGUAAUGCAUAUCAAGGCGCCGGAAUAGUUUGAUCUGGGCACGGGAUGGGCGAUGAUGUUGGGCGACUUUGUCUUGUGGAAAGAAGGUCAUAUCGUUCCCAUCAUGGUACUCCGUGAGUUGGCUCAACCGAUAUAUUGGUGACAAUAAGCAAUCGAAUCUGUUAUCAGGCCAUCUAUACACUCGCAAUCUGAGGACGUGGAUCAUUGCAUCACCUUUCAGUAUUAUUUCUUCAGAUACAAUCGAAUGCCUUCCAGUGUUCA